AUUGAAACUUUUUUGCCGAGUUUGGUGCAUGGGCUUCUUUUGAAAAUUCAAUGAUGGUGGCGCCUGAUGUGAUUUUAUCAAUUAGGUUUUGCCACUGCAUGUUGUUGUACACCGAGAAAGACUGCUUUUUUAUGCUUUGUUGACUCUGUUUUUUUUUUUUUUGGUGGGAUAUUUAGGUUUCAAAAAAGAUGGAGUUCUUCAAGGAAUUUGCUGUGAAGAUGAUGAUCAAUGUGGUUUUCCUCUUUGUGCUUUCGAUUUGUCUUUUAAUGGGAAUUAUUCAAAAGUUGAGGAGCAAUGAAGGAAACGGAGAAGAAUUAUUACUCAGAGGAAAGAAAGAGUCAUCCAGAAAGUGUUGUUUCAGCAGAAAGGUUAUCACUGUUAUAUUGAACUUCAUUGUCGGGUUUUGUUAUUUGGGUUACUGGUUUUACCAUUUAUGGAAGCUGAAAAGGCUGAAUUGGAGUUCAGUCUUCAGCCUUGAUCCUGUCCUCUUCACAUGUUUCACAUGGCUGAUGGCCUCUUCUGUUUCUGUUCAUUCAUCCAAUGGAGGCAAAAGGUGGCCAUUGGUGCUCAUUAUCUGGUGGCUUUUCUCAGCCAUCUUUGAUACAGUUCUUGUCUCCAUUUACUUCCUCAGAAAGUUCAACUUCUUGGAAGAAGGAAAAAUCCCAGCUUUUCUUUCAAAUUGUAAUGUGGCUGAUUUUGUCGCUUUCAUAUCCUCCCUUCUGCUAUGUUUCAGUACUGCUUUUUGGCCUGAAAAUUCUGAAAAGCAACAGAUGGAUAAUGAACAGCCUCUUCUUGAAGAAAAACAGCCUCAAUUGGACGCCUAUUCGGGUGCUGGUUUUUGGAGCAAAUUAUCAUUCAUGUGGCUGAAUCCUCUCUUUGAAAUAGGGCACUUAAGGAAGCUUCAAUUUGAAGAUGUACCUGCAAUCCCACAGCCUGAUACUGCUUAUGAAGCUUUUACUUCAGUGGAGGAGUCCCUUAGAAGAAGACAAAAGAACGAACAGAUUUGUUUGUUGAAUGCCAUUUUUCACACAAUAUGGAGGCCUCUUGCUAUAAAUGCCACUUUUGCAGGAAUCAAUACACUUGCUUCAUAUGUAGGUCCAUUAUUAAUCACAAGCUUUGUGAACUUCCUUUCGCGAAAUGAUGUUGAUGAUGUUAUGAACUGGCAGCAGGGACUUUAUCUUGCAUUCAUAAUGUUUUUUGCAAAGACAGUGGAAUCAUUGUCUCAAAGACAAUGGUAUUUUGGUGCUCGUAGAAUUGGUAUAAGAGUCAAGGCAGCUCUUCUGGCGCUGAUAUACAAGAAAUCUUUGGAAAUCAAGUACAGUGGGUUAAGCUGUGGUAAAGUCAUCAACUUAAUCAAUGUAGAUGUUGAAAGGACUGGGGAGUUCUUUUGGCACAUUCAUGGGAUUUGGUUGCUUCCAAUUCAGGUAACCUUUGCUUUGAUCAUCUUGUACCGGAACCUCGGGUUUGCGCCUUCAUUUGCCGCACUUUUCACUACAAUUCUAGUUAUGAUAAGCAACACCCCAUUAGCGAAAAGGCAAGAAAAGCUUCAUGCAAACAUAAUGGAGGCAAGGGACUCGAGAAUCAAAGCCAUUUCAGAAAUGUUGAAAAGCAUGAAAGUCCUGAAACUUCAUUCGUGGGAAGAUGCUUUUCUGAAUAGGCUCAUCCAGCUUAGAGAAACUGAGAAAUGCUGGAUCAGGAAGUAUCUUUACACUUGUUCAGCUGUGGCUUUUCUCUUCUGGGCUUCACCAACUUUGAUUUCUGUCGUGACAUUUGGAGUGUGUAUAGCUUUGCAAACGCCAUUAACAUCAGGCACUGUUCUAUCAGCUCUGGCAACUUUCAGAAUCUUGCAAGAUCCAAUCUACAAUUUGCCCGAGCUCUUCUCAGUUAUUGCUCAAACACAAGUUUCUGUUCAUAGACUUGAAAAGUUUGUCGUUGAUGACAAUCAGCAAAAGAAGCAGAUUUCUUCUCAUCCAGGAGUUGAGGAUGGUUUAUCCGAAUUUGCAGUAGAAAUCAAACCAGGGGAAUAUUCUUGGGGCACAAUUAAUGAUACAAAUAAGCCUAGUAUAAAGAUCAGUAAUGAAAUCAGGAUUAAGAAAGGCUACAAGGUUGCUAUUUGUGGUUCUGUUGGAUCUGGUAAGUCAAGCUUACUGUACAGUAUACUUGGAGAGAUUCAAAAGACUUCUGGUUUUUCAGGGAUCAAGAUAAACGGAACCAAAGCCUUUGUGCCUCAAAGUGCUUGGAUUCAAACAGGCACAAUCAGGGACAAUGUGUUAUUUGGAAAGAAAAUGAAUCAGAAUCAGGCCGGGUAUUAUGAGGAUGUUUUAAGGGGAUGCGCAUUGGACCGUGAUGUUGAGAACUGGGCUGAUGGAGAUUUGACUAUAGUUGGUGAAAGAGGGUUAAAUCUAAGUGGAGGACAGAAGCAGAGAAUUCAGUUGGCAAGAGCAAUUUACAGCGACUCCGAUAUACUUUUACUUGAUGAUCCAUUCAGUGCAGUUGAUGCAGAGACUGGAAAUCACAUAUUCAAGGAAUGCUUGAUGAAACUUUUGAAUGGUAAGACUGUGAUAUAUGUCACUCAUCAACUAGAAUUUCUGGAUGAAGCCGACCUUGUUCUGGUGGUAAAAGAAGGUAGGGUAGUCCAAUCAGGGAAGUAUACAGAGUUAAUGACUGAUCCAGAAGGUGAACUGAUUCGGCUAGUGGCAGGUCACAACAAAACACUGGAUCAAGUAACCAGCUGCCCGGUCAAAGGCCACACCUUCUCCUGCGAAAAUAAAAAAGGACACUCUCAUGAAGGAAUCUUAAGGGAAUUCACUGUGCCUAAUGAUUCCAGGCUGACGAUUUUGAAGAAAGCUCAGCAAGAACAAACAGAAACAGGCCGGGUUAAAUGGCAUGUUUAUUCUACCUUAAUCACUUCAGCAUAUGGAGGAUCACUUGUUCCUGUUAUGCUUAUAUGUCACAUUCUGUUCCAAGGGCUGCAGAUGGCGAGUAACUACUGGCUCGCUUGGGGAACAUACGAACAAGGCCGGGUCAGCAACAAGCAAUUGAUUUGCAUCUUCGCUCUUUUGUCAGCUGGAAGCUCAUUCUUUGUCUUAGGAAGGGCUUUGCUAUUAUCAACCAUUGCAAUUGAGACCGGCCAUCGCCUCUUCCUUGGCAUGAUCAAUUCGGUUUUUCGUGCUCCCUUGUCAUUCUUUGACGAUACGCAUUCCAGCAGAAUUCUUAGUCGGUCUUCUACAGAUCAAAGCACAGUGGAUACUGACAUUCCGUACAGAGUAGCUGGAUUAGCAUUUGCACUUAUCCAACUUUUGAGCAUUAUUUUUCUCAUGUCGAAGGUUGCUUGGCCAGUCUUUUUCCUUUUCCUCAUCAUCCUUGCCAUUUCUAUAUGGUAUCAGGCUUAUUACAUUACCACGGCCCGAGAACUUGCAAGGAUGGUAGGCGUUCAGAAAGCUCCAAUUCUGCAUCACUCGUCUGAAUCUGUUUCUGGCGCAGCAACAAUUCGUUGCUUCAAUCAAGAGUUUCGCUUCAUGGAAAAGAAUUUGGAACUCAUUGAUGACUACUCUCAUGUUGCCUUUUACAACUCAGCAACAAUGGAGUGGCUUUGUGUCAGAAUUAACUUUCUCUUCAACCUAGUCUUCUUCCUUCUCCUUGUCAUAUUGGUCAACAUUCCUCGUUCAGAGUUUGAUCCGAGCUUGGCAGGAUUGGCUGCGGCUUAUGGUCUAAACCUGAAUGUACUCCAAGCUUGGGUCAUAUGGAAUCUGUGCAAUGUUGAGAACAAAAUGAUCAGUGUGGAGAGAAUUCUUCAGUUUACGAACAUUAAAAGUGAAGCACCAUUAGUCAUACAGAAAGGCAGUCCAGAUCCUGAGUGGCCAAACCAUGGAAAAAUCGAAAUAAAAGAUCUCCAUGUGCAAUACCGGCCUAAUCUUCCACGAGUCUUGAAAGGAAUCACUUGCACUUUUCCUGCUGAAAAGAAGAUUGGCAUUGUGGGAAGAACAGGCAGUGGAAAAUCUACAUUGAUCCAGGCUCUAUUCAGGGUCGUGGAGCCAUUAGAGGGACAGAUUCUGAUAGAUGGGAUCGAUAUUUCAGGAAUAGGAUUGCAAGAUCUGAGGUCCAAAUUGAGCAUUAUUCCACAAGAUCCAACAUUGUUCCAAGGAACCAUCAGGAGCAAUCUUGAUCCAUUGCAGCAGUGUUCUGAUCCAGAAAUUUGGGAGGUUUUGCACAAAUGCCAUCUAGCCGAUAUAGUUAAGCGUGACAAAAGGUCUCUUGACACACCAGUGGCAGAAGAUGGAGAGAACUGGAGUGUUGGACAAAGGCAGCUAGUGUGCCUAGCAAGGGCAUUGUUACAAAAGAGAAGGAUACUAGUACUAGAUGAAGCCACAGCUUCGGUUGAUACAGUAACAGAUAACAUAAUCCAAAAGACCAUUAGGGCAGAAACUAACAAGUGUACCGUACUUAGUGUUGCACAUAGGAUUCCCACAGUCAUCGACAAUGACCUUGUUUUGGUUCUUGGAGAAGGCAAAGUUGUGGAAUUUGACAGUCCAGCUCGGUUACUAGAGGAUAAAUCUUCUGCAUUUUCAAAUUUGGUUGGGGAAUUCUUGAGAAGAUCAUCAUUGUCUUCCUCGUCUUAAGGACAUAUAUAGACCUUUGAUGACAAAUAUGGUUCCCCUUUUAACAACACAGUGAACACACACCACACACUUUCACUGUGUGUGUCCCAGUCAAACGCUAAUCCCAUCUUACGUCCAACAGUUAAUUGCUAGUUUAACCACGUAUUAGUAGUUUCAAUCAUGGUCUAGAAUUUAGUUUCAAAAAUAUCACACGUACGUCGUAUUGUACAAAAUGAGAUUAAUUUCAGUUUCGUUCUUAGGGAACUCAUAUGUUAAGAACACUCGUAAACGAUGAUAUUUUUAUUCUUGUGAUGAAGAACUACUACUAGUAAAUAGUAAUUACCAUCAGGGCUGUAAGUUGUAGUUUCUCCAAGUGCCCCUAUUUUAGGCAGUGGAUUUAGCCACAUUAAUAAUAGUUUGCUCCAAAAAACCAACGCUGGAAUAGGUUACAAAUUGAGCCUAUUUUCCCCUCAAGAAAAGGUAGCUCAUUAUUUCCGGGUUGAUUUUCAGAAUUUUCAAGCCAAAAAGUAGAACUGAAACAAAGCAGAAGGGAGACUGCAUUUUAACCGGUGAUCCUACACUCUUAAUCCGAUCCUAAUGUUGGAUCAGAAAUUCUAGAUUAUAUACGUUUUUAAGGUGCUAAUUUUAAAAAGUUCGUAGUGUAUGACCAAAUGGUGGAUGGACAGGAGCAACCGUUGGGGAUACACAGAGGCUUGGUUAUCGCAAUCAGAGACCUAAUGACGAGGAUGUGGAAGGUGGAGUUGAACCAUGUGCAAGUUUCGCCACUUCAACACCGGGUUGUGUUUUAUGGUUCUUCGACCAUAAAACCUUGGUUAUAUCAUGAUGUAGUUGGUAUUUCAUACCAACGUCUUAUUUUGAGCUAGACACUUUUAGGCUUUUGAUUCCUUCUUUGUAAAAAAGAAAAAUUAAAAAAAAAAAGGUUAAAAGUAGCAAGCAGGAAAGUUUGACAGAUAGUUGUCUAAUCUUGUAAUUGUCUGUUAAGGCCGAAUGGUUCCUUUUCUUGGAUAGCCAAUUACUUGGGAUUGGAUUCAAUCAUGCGAAUGCC